CUCUCCUUUGCUUUCUUGGUAGUAGCAGGGAGGAAGGAGGGGGUGGGCACAGGAAAGAGGGAAAAGAGAAAACAGAAAAAGAAUUGCAUGCCACUAUGUCUGAAUAUAGCCUCUACUUCUUAAACAACAGAGUUUGCUGGUCUCCCUCCCCUAUCCUGCAAUUUAAUUCCUUACAGAUUUUGCCAUGGGGUGCGGACUUAGAAAGCUAGAAGACCCUGAUGAUAGCAGCCCUGGAAAAAUUUUUUCUACCCUGAAGAGACCGCAAGUGGAAACAAAGACAGAAUUUGCUUACGAAUAUGUAUUGCUGGACUUUACAUUACAAGCUUCACCAAACCCAGAAGUCGUCAAGAUCAAUUCCAUUCUGGAUAUAGUAACAGAAGUGGAAGACUACUAUCUUAAAGGAUAUGUUGUUGGAGCUAUUCAUCCUGUUAUACAGCCUGUGGGGCAGCAAAAGCACUUGCCUGCAAGUUACCUGUACAGGGUGGUGCUGUCGCGCUUGAAAUUAAGCACGAAGCAUUCAACAGCACCCAGUGGACAAAGACGCCCAAGGCUUGUGAUUGAGGAAUGUCCUCUAACUUAUGAGACACAAACAAAUGGCGUAACAAAAGAACUGAUAGAAAAGGUUAAUGUAGCUGCUAAAAGAGGAAUGAGAUUUGUUGGAUUCAUAUCACAGCACUCCCCAUCACUUAAAUUCUGCAAUGGAACCAACCACGAUGGAGACAUUGAAUCAACACUGCACGUGAGACACAGUCCAGAGGAAAACUGUAAAAACUGGAGUGAAGGAACAUUAAGUGGGCAGUCAUCUGAAAGUGGAGUCGAGGAAGAACUACAUCAUGAAAGUGGACAUUGUCAAAUGGAACGAGAUGGCAGCCCCAGUCUCUCUAGAUCAAGAAAAGAAGAUAACAAGUUGUAUACAGUCUUCAAUGUUUUUGAUGAUGAAUCAACCUGCUGGAACUAUCAGGAAGGCAUCCUGUCAAUGAAAGUAACAAGAAAAGGCUCUGUCAUUAGUACACUUGAUGCUGAUUGGCUGGAGUUAACUACAUUUUAUUAUAAACAAGGCUUGUCUUUAAUUGAUUCUUUUGUAUGCUGGGAAACAUCUAAAGGGGAUCACUUGUCAAAAUCUUUGGAAGGAUUCUUUAUCUAUGAAGAAGAAGGCUCUGGAGUACCAGGUUUCGGCAGGAAAGGAAAUGAUGCCAUCGUAGUAGAACAAUGGACAGUUAUUGAGGGCUGUGAAAUCAAGACAGAUUAUGGUCCUCUGCUGCACACUCUGGCUGAGUUUGGAUGGCUCCUGACAAGCGUGUUGCCUACUCCUAUACUGAGACAUGACAGUGAGGGGAAUUUGGCUACAAAGCAGGUUGUAUUCCUUCAGAGACCAGUUAUGUGGAAUUCAGCUGCUCAAAUACCAGAAAGGAAAGGCAGCCGGCACGUGAAAAGUGAAGACAGGAGUAAAGUCCCAAGCAGGAGCGUCAGCUUGGACACAGACCUGUUACAGCCUGCAGAGAGCAGAAGCCCGCCUGAGGAUUGCCUACUCGCCCCUUCUAGAGAAUGCUGGAUGAAGGAGAAGAGGCCAGCCCAGCCCAGCAGCUUCUCCGGCAGCAACAGUGACAGCAUCCUGAGGGAACUAGACGAUGGACAGUUUGACCAGGAAGAUGGAGUAACUCAGGUCACUUGUAUGUGAGCAAAGAAGGAAAGCAACAGACGUUCUGUAAAUAAUUAUUAAAGUAAUUCCCAAGUUACUUAACUGUAUUACUUUAUCUGCAUUUAUGGGAUCCUUUGAAUCUUUCCAGACUCAGGCUUUCCUCUAAUCUACGUAAACUUUGGCUCAACCUCCCAGGCAAGGAAGAAUAACUGAGAUAUUUGUAAAUUUAAAAGCAUGUUUCACAGUUUUCUCAAUGAAAACAUCUGUUUAAACAGAUGCCUCAUUAGGAUAUUAACCAAUAAUGUACUUAUGAUGUUUCUCAUGAAUAUGCAAAGUAUAUUUUUCUUACAAUUGCUGGAAAGACAACUAAAUAUCUCAAUCAGUAUUUUUACCUAAUUAGAAAAUUCUCAGGAAGUUAGAGUCUUACUUAAGCUGAAAAUUUUCUCUUUCCCUCUCUCUCUCACGCACAUAUAAAGGGCUAAAUAAUAAAAUACAUAUUUCCUGAAUAUAACAAUUAAUCCAAGUUUUGUCUUUAAGUAUGCAUGUAUAUACAAAGCAAAUCCUUAUUUGUUAAAAUAUCCUUGAAAAAAAAUCUUUUUUUUUUAUGUCUUUGGUUUUAAAGGGUCACCAUGUUACCAACAUUGUACUGAUUCAUCACGCUUAAACUUUCUUGCAUCUAAUAGUCUAGAAAUAGAGUGAAGCAUCAUCCCUUAAAAUUCAAUAUGAAAAGAACUCACAAUGUCCAUGUUUAAAAACCUUAGUAGACAGAAUUAAUUAUUUUUUUUAAUUGUAAAUAAUCUGAAAAGGGAAACAGCAAUUUAAAUGAAAACUGAAGCAUUUUACAUCUGUCUGGACGUAAAUUAUGCUUUUAUUUUGAUUGCUAAAGCAUGAAGAAUGUGGAAACCCAGAAUUUUCAGUCCUACAGGAGUAAAGAGGUGCUCACAACAUGUGUGAUAUGUAUGGGUGACCUAUUUGUUCCAUCUCUGCUUUUUUUCCUCUGCUAACAGGGGGGCCUUUGCCUUGCCAAACCUUUAACAGGUAAAGAUUAAAAUUCCACAAAAUAGGAGAAUUUCAUUUUAUCUAUGAAAGACUUUGAAAUGUGGGAAACUUCAAAUGAAUUACAACUGUGCUGUUGAUGAGUUCGGCCGAUUAUAUAUUUUUAUUAGCAUUGGUGUUGACAUUAUAAGAUCAUUUGAAUAACAAAAUGUCAUUUGUUAUUGGGCUAUUGUCUUACUGAACACUAAUGCUCAUAAUAUGUUUUACACAUAUGACAGGUAUGUAUUACAUUUAUCAAAUAUAUCUCCAUGAAUUGAUGGUAAGAUUGACGUGCAAUUAUUCCGCUUCUACCAUGCGCAAGCAUUACCUUUGUAUGUAUAAAGGAAUGUAGAAUAUUCUGCUCAGUACUAUUCUGUGGAAAUAGCUACCAACACUGUUUGCAAAAAUGUUUUUUGUUUUGACUUUUAGAGAACCUGAGUUCCAUAUUUAAGAGUUGGUGAAUUUUUGGUAGAAAUAAAUACUGCUACUGAAGCCCACAAAA